GUGGUGGGAGGUAGUCGCCCCCCCCUUGCUCUCUGCGGGCGGGAGUGUUAGGUCGGACCGCAAACGCCAGGGUCGCAUCCCAUCUAGCGGACGCCUGAAGGGUGUCCUCUUAAGAUUGCUCGUCGGGAGCCUAACACAGGGCAGAUAGCCACUCAAGAAUACACCAUGAAAAAUACUGAUAUCAAGAGACUACUGUAUACCCACCUUUUGUGCAUAUUCUCAAUUAUCCUAAGCAUCUUCAUCCCAUCAUUCUUCUUGGAGAACUUCUCAGUAUUGGAAACACACUUGACUUGGUUGUGCAUCUGUUCUGUUUUCGUAACUGCUGUCAAUCUAGUGUUAUAUUUAGUGGUGAAACCAAAUACAUCCACUAAAAGAAGUUCAUCACACAAGGUAACCAGAUUUUUGAAAUGCUGUAUCUACUUUCUUAUGUCUUGUUUCCUCUUUCAUGUAAUUUUUGUUCUGUAUGGAGCGCCAUUAAUAGAGUUGGUGUUGGAAACAUUUUUAUUUGCAGUUAUUUUGUCUACUUUUACUACUGUACCUUGUUUGUGUUUGUUAGGACCGAACGUCAAAGCAUGGCUGAGAGUUUUCAGUAGAAAUGGAGUUACAUCCAUUUGGGAGAACAGUCUCCAGAUCACUACAAUUUCUAGUUUUAUAGGAACAUGGCUUGGAGCCUUUCCUAUUCCACUCGAUUGGGAAAGACCAUGGCAGGUAUGGCCCAUCUCCUGCACGCUGGGGGCGACCUUUGGCUACGUGGCUGGCCUUGUUAUCUCACCACUCUGGAUAUACUGGAAUAGAAAGCAACUUACAUACAAGACCAAUUAAUUGGAACAAAGGAAGAAGUUGGGGUUUUUGUUUGUUUGUUUGUUUUUUGUGCAGAUCCCAUAAAGACUGUGCAGAAAUGUAUAUGGUCUAAGCCAGGCAGUUCCAUCUAUAGCACUGUUUUUAUGUAUUACAUGAUGUGAUUGUAGCUUUUUAAACUAUGAAACCCCUGAGAGAUUGUACCUUCUAACUGAAAUAAAGUAUUUAUAAUAGAUUGUGACUUCA